AUGAAUGACAAAGUAGUUGCUAUUAUAGAUUCAUCUGCUGUUCGCCUGAACAAAUAUAUUCUUUCAUGCGGAUUUGAUGGUACUAAUGAAAAUAUGAAGAACGUAUUUGCCAGGAUGACAUUCGAGUCUGAUAUUGCACAUGAUACGGUGCGUGUGAUCGGUCUGAACAGACCAAACAUUAUGUAUGAGUACCUCAGCGGUAACGUUUGGACAACCGUCUACCAAUACUCGGUAGGCGAAACUUUAAGAUUGGGAUGUGUUCUGAAUACUUGGCCCCCGAGAAACUAUAUACUUAUUUGGACUUUUCAUGGCACAGAGUCAACUACACGUCAUAGAGACAAUUACUGGAAAAUGAAGUAUUCAGUGGAAAAUUUCACAACAACUUUAACUGAAAACGAUGAUAAAAAAGUUAUUGAAUGCAUGGCUUAUCAAAAUCUAAAUGUAUUAAAAAAUGCUGAAGUAAAAUUACAACUGAAAGAUAUAUCAAACUCUGAAAACUUAGAAGCUGAUACUAAUACAUAUACUUCGGAUAAUUUAUUCAUCAUAUUUGUAUGUAUUUUUGGUAUUUUAUUAAUUACUAUUGUGGGUAUAGUCUACUGGUGUAAAAGACUGCGAAGACCAAAAACAACUGAGGCACCUUGCGACAAUCUUAGAGAUGAGAAUGAAAUGACUCCAAUACCCGAAUCGACGUACGACUCAUGUUUCAGUAAAAAUUUCUCCGAUAUACAAGCAAAUAAUGAAUUUCCACAAAGUUCAGAGAAUUCUGAACCUUGUAACCAUAAAUAUGAGGAAGUAAAUUAUUCACAAUGCAAACCAAAAUCAGGUGAAUCUCAACAACGAUCGAGCACAAUUUAUAAUGAACCUUAUGAUCAUUUUAGAAUAUAUCGCAAAGAGAAAUAA